UUCGAUGCAGAAUUCCGUUGUCGGUGCGUGCAUCCCGCCCUUCUAUCAUUCUCUGGGGGUCCAAUUCUCUCCGACGCGGAGCAUCGUAAGCAAGAUUGUGCCCAACGGUGUGUCCAAUUAGAAAGUACAAGCACGCCAUCGAGCAGGCGGUCGAACGAUCUAUCGGCAAAAGUACAAACUGUAGUGCAAGUGACAAGAAGCAGCAGCGUGACGUGUUCCUGCUGUGCCGGAUAUUCGAUACAAGCCGGCGAGAAUGCUAGUACUAUCGAAUACCACCAGCGAAAAUUGGUCCUGGACGUGAUACUGGCGACAAACAACAGCCGCAUCGCCGCAUCCGCUAGCCAGAAACCGUCCUCGAACGGAGGUAGCUUCCACUAGCUA